AUCGUGCUGUACGUUUUACGGUAGAUUCUGUGUGAAUGUUUCAUCCAUAUAGUAUUCCUACUAAAACAGAAAAAGUUCUCAUAUUCGUAUCAUUUGAAUUUUUAUGUUUCCCUUAACGUCUCGUGGCAUCAACCAAUGGGGGCUAAGCAAAAUAACUUCCACACUCCCUAUCAUUUCAUUGAAUCUUUCAAUUUUCGCGAAAUUACAGAAACAAUUCUGUAUUUUGACCGCUAAUGUAAAUUCGGACAGUGUUUUUCUAUACAAAUUCAUAGAAAUCAAGUUAAAUGUAUUACCGAUAGUGAAAUUUUGUUUAUAUCUUGUUUUAAGGUUAUGAUAUUCUAGAAGUGUUACAUUUACGCGGAAUGAAAAGUGCUAUUUGUUUUUGAUCAAUUUAAAAUGAACUAUGAAUUAAAAAUUACAAAAAAAUUAUUAAAUUGACGAAAUUUUGUUUUGUGUAAAAUAAUAUGAAGUUAGUAAAACCAAAUUGGGUUACACACGAUGGCUAUCCAAUAUUUUCUGUGGAUAUACAUCCAGAUGGAAAAAGAUUUGCCACUGGUGGUCAAGGUGGUGAUUCUGGAAGGGUUGUCAUAUGGAACAUGGAACCCGUAGUUAAUGAAAUUGCAGAAUUAGAUGAAAAUAUUCCAAAAAUGUUGUGUCAAUUAGACAAUCAUCUUGCUUGCGUCAAUUGUGUUAGAUGGAGUAAUAAUGGGUUAUUAGCAUCAGGUGGUGUAGAUAAACUCAUUAUGAUCUGGAGAUUGUCUGGUGGAUUAGGUGGUAGUUCUUUAUUCGGUGGAAAAUCCAGUGUGGAAACAUGGCGUUGUAUAGCUACUUUACGAUCUCAUGAAGCUGAUGUAUUGGAUUUAGCAUGGGCACCUCACAGUCCAUGGUUAGCUUCUGCAUCGGUAGACAAUACUGUAAUAGUAUGGGAUGCUUCAAAAUUUCCAGCUAUUGUCGCUGUAUUGAAAGGUCAUACAGGAUUUGUAAAAGGAAUUACAUGGGAUCCUGUAGGGAAGUAUUUAGCCUCUCAGUCCGAUGAUAAAACAUUACGUGUAUGGCGUACAACAGAUUGGACAGAAGCAGCAUUGAUAUCCGAACCAUUUGAUGAAUGCGGUGGAACCACUCAUGUAUUAAGACUUUCUUGGAGUCCAGAUGGUCAAUAUUUGGUGUCAGCUCAUGCUAUGAACGGUGGUGGCCCAACUGCACAAAUAAUUGAAAGAGAUGGGUGGACACAAGACAAAGAUUUUGUUGGACAUAGAAAGGCUGUUACAUGUGUGAGAUUUAAUGGAAAUAUGUUACAAAAGAAACAACCAGGUUCUUCUAAACCACAACAGUAUUGUUGCGUUGCUAUAGGAUCUCGUGACCGUUCUCUUUCUGUAUGGUUAACAUCAUUAAAAAGACCUCUGGUAGUGAUACAUGAAUUGUUUACACAUUCAGUCUUAGAUGCCAGUUGGUCACCAUGCGGUCUUCGUCUAGCAGCUUGCUCUUGGGAUGGGUCUGUUGUACUCAUUGAGUUUACUCAACAGGAAUUAGGUCAACCAUUAGAUCCUGCUGAACAAAGUAGUCUUCAUGAACGUUUGUAUGGUAAACCCUUAGUUCAAGGUGGUUGUACAGUCAUGGAAGCACCAGAACUUCUAAAUUUAAAGACAACAGCACCUCCAACGCAAACAACUCAAACAUCGACAAGUACGAAUUCGGUACAACCGCCUACCACUACUUCCACAACUCCUGCGAAAGGUCCUAUUAAUAAACAAAUCGAAACAAGAACAUCAGACGGUAAAAGGCGGAUAACACCAAUGUUCAUACCACCUCCGUCAGAUACAAUGGAUUCUUCGAGUACCAGACUAGGAACGCCAACAUUCACGAGUCAAGUAAAAAGUUCGAUUGUAAUAGAGAAGCGAAACGACGUCGUAGCGCCUAAUGUUACUGCUUCAGUGAAUUUAACCAAUACUAACAGUGCAACGUCUACACUCACUUUAAAACGACGCGAACAGACUACACCGAAACUACAUCAGACUGCGUUUACUAAGAAACCAAAAGUUACGUCCGAAAGAAGUAUAAAUCAGAUUUUACUCCCCCCGUUGAAGCCAUCUAGCUCGUUAUCUCAGCAAGCUGGCCAUUACGCUGUCACUGUGACUAACAGCCAAGGUUUAGCUCAUUUACAAGUAUUCAAGGGUACAGAUUCUGAACCAACCUGGGAUCUUUAUUUAGGGUACAGUGCUGUAGCUUUGGCAGCAUCACCAGCUGUUAUAGCCGUUGGUUUGGAAGAUGGAAGCCUUCAUACGUUUCAUCCUGUAAAAGGAUGUCGACCGGCACCACCUUUAGCUCCCCCUGCUCCACUCGCGAAAGUUCAUGCAGUUGGAAAUGCAGUGAUGGUUAUUUCAAGCUGUGGAGCAGUUCGCGUGUGGGAAAUAGGACAUUCAUGUAGAAUGAUAGUUUCCACUUCCGCUGCGCAUUUAGCGGUACCAGGAACUUCUUUAUUAUCCUGCACUUUAUAUAAUGGAAUGCCUCAUUUAGCUUUUACUAAUGCUAGGGCGUACAUAUAUCAUAAAGAAAUGGGUACUUGGUUAUUGAUUGGUGAUAGUCAAGAUCCUAUAUGGCGCUGGGCCUCUUUUAAUACGUCUAGUACAUCCGGAAGUAGAGCUCCCAGAGGACCUCUUUCUUCGCUACAAGAAGGAUUACUCAGGACGGCUGGAAAUACUUUGCCUAAUCCAAGAUUACCUCACAGUGCUCCCAGUGUGGUAUCCUACUUGGAACAACAGAUGCUUGCUUCCAGAGCUCUUGGAAGUGCUCAGGAAUAUGUACAUUGGCUCAUAGCUUUAGUAUCGUUUUUAUUAACUCAAGAUGGAUUAGAGAAACGUUUAAGGUUAAUCUUAGAUGAUCUUUUGGGUCCAAGCCAUACGUCAGCUUCCAAAAGCAUAUGGGAUCCUUUGAUACUGGGAAUUAAAAAACAUAAACUUUUGGAAGACGUAUUAUCUGUCGUUGGUGGACACCUCCGUUGGCAAAGGUUGUAUCUUGAAUAUACAGAACAAUUGACUGCGAUAAAAAAUCAAACCGUUUGAAAGAUAAUCGGUCAAAAUAUAAUUUCGAUACGAUAUGUGGUAUUUCAAUUGUAAUUAUAUAUAAUGAUUCUAAAAUGAUGUACAUCAGUUUUUCUAUUAAUUUAAUAUUACAAAUGAAUUAAGAUGUAUAAAGCCAAUUUUUAAAUCGUUUAUUGAGUUCCUAAGAAACGUAAAAUAUUCUAACAUCAUUUAAGAAACAUGUGAUGUUUCUUGUACAUUUUUAAACACAGAUUUAUAUAUAUAUAUAUAUAUAUAUAUAAACAAGACUGUACAGAUUUUUAUAUCGUUCAUGACAUAAUUAAGAUCUUUUUUAAUUAAGAUAAUUAAGAUCAACUUUUCUACUCAAAUAAUUUUAUAAAGAUUGACUGACUUUAAAAUUAUAUUUAAUUCUAUUUCUAUGUUUCAAUAUUAAGGAAUCGCGUACACUGUACAGCGAAAUAGAAAAUUAAUUAAUGAAGGGAUAUGAAACAAUUAAUUGACAAAAAUGUUAACAAUUUAUAUUAUUUUUAUACAAUAUCUUAUGAACAAAAUUACUUUAUUCUAUUUGCAGUGCAACAUUAUUAUAUACUAUCACAAUGUCUGAUAAGAUACGAUGCACUGCAAAAACGGUCAGCAUCAAUACGAAGGUAUUUCCAAAACUUGUACUGCAAUUAUUUUCAUUAAUGAUAAAAAAAUCGUGUAUAAUAAUACAAUCAUACAAUUUUAGAAAAUGUACUGUAAUAAAAGAAAUAUUAUCUAAGCCCAUAAUUACAAUUUUGCGAGUAAGAAUAUUUUAUAAAUGAUUUUUGAACAGUUAGUAAGUAAGUACAAUGUAUAGUUAGUUUGAUGUAUUUCAUACAAUUUAUUGUCAAAUAAAAAUAAACAUCUAAACACAUAUACUUACUUUAAGUAACUUGAAAAUUAAAUUAAAAAUAAGUUUACAGUCACUGAUAAAUACUGUAAACAUUUAAAAAAAAAUGUAUGAAAUACAUUAAAUAAAAGAUUAUCAUUAUUAAAGACUUAUUUUGUCUUGAAUAUUGUUAGUCGUGUGUAUAUUAUAGAAACACAAUUUAAAAAGUUUCUACAUAACUGCAAUUACAGAUAAAUUUAUAUAAAACAUCAAUUUAAAUUUUCGAGCAAGAAACAAAGUAAAUAAACGUAGGAUACAAUACAUAUGAUCAUAAAUACAAGGUAAAUAAUUUUAAUAAAUCUUAUAAAUUCUAAAAUUUGUUAUCAUGUUAUUAGCAAUAUACAUAAUUUUGAUUUUUCUAAUUACAAAUGCAACUAUUUAUUUGUCUUUCAAUUGACACUGUAAUAUAGAUAAUAAAAACUUAAUUUUUGGAAGCAUAGUAGAAGAAUAUUAGUUUUGGAUAUAUGUUAUCUAUAUGUAAAGAACAUUGCAUACUAACACAAUUACAGAUCUGCAUAAAUUAUCUAACUAAUUGUAUAUAUAAAAGAUUGAUCGUUAAGACAAAGUGCACGGAAUCAUUUUAAAUAGUGCAGUAAUAUACUUAUUCAGUUUCACUUCCAAAAUUCUCUAGAUUGAACUAUUUUAAAAAAUAUUUAUAAUUAGACAACACUGUAGUUGCACUUUCUUUAAACAUUUAUCACUCACAAUUUAUAUAAACUUUAAUUUGCAAUCAAGUAAAAUAUACGUAAUAAAUAUUUCGAACAUUAUACAAUAAAUUAUAUACGUAUAUAAACCUAUAUGUAUAUAUCACAUAAGUAUUUAAGAAAAUUGUAUUAAUUGCAGAAAAGUAUAAAUUUGUAUUUUAUAAUAAAAUAGUAAAAGAUAUCAGUUAAACUUGUAUAAAUAGGAUAUGUAACUGUAUUAAAUGUAGGCAGAAUACGUUUUCCUCAUUUCUUCUUCUAAAAAAUGUAAAAAACUUUAAGUACAGGAACUACUAUUGUAAAAUUAAAUUCAUUUCAGUUGAUCGAUCUUUUUACUUGUAACUAUUGUCCGAGUAAAGUAGAUGAUAUAUUGUAAUGAAGUGAAUAAAAUUUGUAAUAUUUAUUAGAACAAGAAUUUAUCAUUGUUAGUAUAAAGCUAUUUGUUCAAAUUAAAAUAGAUCAUUAUUCGUGCAUUCAGAUUUUAAUAUUUUUAAGCCUAAUGAAUAACAUUAUCAUGAACUAAUAUGCUUAAAAAGUUCUAACAAAAAUGCUAUCCGUAUUUGACUACUAUUUUUGUAUUCAUUUGAAUUUCCUUGAUAGUACAAAAAUCACAUUUUUUAAUACUGCAAUAUUACGAUAAGUGUCUAUGCAGCAUGAUAUAAUACAAUAGGUUCAACAAAUACUCAAUCUGAAUAACACUUAAGUUUUGUACCUUCAGUAAUUAUGUUCAAUCCUAACAUUUACAUAAUGCUUAUACUUAAAUAAAUCCACUUAAACAAAAAUUCAUCGUUAUCAAUCGAUCUACAUAUUGUGCGUUAUAUAUAUUCCACAUCAUAGCACAUACAAUAAAUUAUAUGCGUUCUAAACAACACAUACAAUUUUUUCAAUUUGAUAACAACCUAUGACUAGUAUACAUGCAAUGCAAGCCACAAUGUUACUUACAUUGUCAUCCAUUGCCAUAAGCUUUGCUAUUGCAAUAAACCUGAUACCCUUAUUAUUAGAAUAAUUAAUGAAAUUUAAGCAGUCGUAUGUAUGCAUGCACACGGGUAUGUACGCAUACAAAUCGAAUUGUUUGAAUUUUAAUUUUACUAUACUAUAUAGUUAGACCUUUUCAAAUUCUAACCACAUGAGAGUGCACCUUUUUGCAGAAAAAAACUUAAUCGCUAUCCAUUAUAGUAGUCUCCUUUAAUUCUGAUUCAUCGACAUAAUGAUUCUUCGAAUUUCUUUCUUCAGUGGACUUCACACACUAAAAAUAGUGUAAUCAGAUGAAAUUUAUUUAUAGGAACAGUCCACUUACCUCUUCAAUUCUUAUUCUUGGCGCAGAUAUCUGUUCAGGAAAAUGCCAUGGCUUAUAGUUUGGAUUAUUUAAUAAUUUCCAAUCAGGGUAAGCUACAGAGGCCUUAUGUAACUUUUUAACCAUCUAAAAAAGGAAUACGGAUUAAAAUAUUUGCAAUAUGGUGAACUGCAUACUUACAAUGUAUAUAAAGAGUAUAGACCUUAGGCGCAAAUAUUUGUGUGACUUUAUUAACUAACCAAACUGGUAGUUUUCCAUGUGGAUCGGUAUGAGACACAUAUCCCAAUUCAGAACCAUCACCAUUUCGCGAUGGUCUUACAAUGUAUCCUUAAAUUAAGAGCACUGAUAAUAAAAUA